AUGGGCUCCCCUGGAUGGGAACCCCUAGAUGGGAACCCCCGGGUGGGCUCCCCUGGAUGGGAACCCCUAGAUGGGAACCCCCGGGUAAAGGGGGAGGAAGAGGAGGAAAACACCUUGGAAGUGAGAGAGACUAAAGUUAAGGGCAAAAGUGGAAAAUUCUUCUCUGUGAAGCUGCCAUCUCCUCUGGCACCAGGAGCCAAGAUCCGCGUAUCUGUUGAAAUGGUGUUCACGCACGUCCUGCAGCCCUACCCCACCCAUAUCACCCAAAGUGAAAAGCAGUUUGUGGUCUUUGAAGGAAAUCACUAUUUCUACUCACCGUACUUCACCAAGACCCAAACGACUCGAGUCAAACUGGCCUCGAGGAACGUGGAGAGUUACACCAAACUGGGCAACCCUUCCCGCACUGAGGACAUGAUAGAAUAUGGCCCCUUCAAGGACAUUCCUCCAUACAGCCAGGACACUCUGAAGGUGCACUAUGAAAACAACAGCCCAUUCCUGACUAUCACCAGCAUGACCCGAGUCAUUGAGGUGUCUCACUGGGGCAACAUUGCGGUUGAGGAGACGGUUGAUUUAAAGCACACAGGAGCAGUGCUGAAAGGGCCUUUCUCCAGAUACGACUACCAGAGACAGCCAGACAGUGGGAUCUCUUCUGUCAAGUCUUUUAAGACCAUUCUCCCAGCUGCUGCUCAGGAUGUCUAUUACAGAGAUGAAAUUGGAAACAUCUCAACCAGCCACCUCCUUGUCCUGGAUGACUCUGUGGAGAUGGAGAUCCGUCCCCGUUUCCCCCUUUUUGGGGGAUGGAAAACCCAUUAUAUCAUUGGCUACAACCUGCCAAGCUACGAGUACCUCUACAAUCUCGGUGAUCAGUAUGCCUUGAAAAUGAGGUUUGUCGACCACGUGUUUGAUGAGCAAGUUACAGACUCUCUGACUGUGAAGAUUGUCCUGCCAGAAGGUGCCAAGAAUAUCCAUGUGGACAGUCCCUAUGAAAUCAGUCGUGCUUCAGAUGAGCUUCACUACACUUAUCUGGACACUUUUGGACGACCAGUUAUCGUGGCACACAAGAGCAACCUGGUGGAGCAGCACAUCCAGGACAUCGUGGUUCAUUACACCUUCAACAAAAUCUUGAUGCUGCAGGAGCCUCUGUUGGUGGUUGGAGCUUUUUACAUCUUGUUCUUCACUGUGAUUGUCUACGUGAGGCUGGAUUUCUCCAUCACUAAGGAUCCAGCUGCUGAAGCCAGGAUGAAGGUUGCCUGCAUCACAGAGCAAGUGCUUACUCUGGUGAACAAGAGGCUUGGGCUGUACCGUCACUUCGAUGAAGCAGUGAAUAAAUACAAGCAGUCAAGGGACAUCUCCACCCUCAACAGUGGCAAAAAGGCUUUGGAGACAGAGCACAAGGCCCUGACAAAUGAAAUAGCCUCUCUGCAGUCCAAACUGAAGACAGAAGGCUCUGACUUAUGUGAUAAAGUAAGCGAGAUCCAGAAGCUUGAUGGCCAAGUCAAGGAGCUUGUUCUGAAGUCCUCAGUGGAGGCUGAGCGGCUGGUAGCUGGCAAGCUCAAGAAGGACACCUACAUUGAGAAUGAGAAGAUGCAUUCCAACAAGCGCCAGGACCUGGUCACCAAAAUCGACAACAUCCUCGAUGCGCUCUGACUCAGCAACUGGGUGAAGGGGAAAGGUGUGAAGGGCAAGAAGAAAUCUGGGAGUGGGUACUCUUAGAGCCAAAACUCCUUCCCAGCAAAAUUAGGGGAAAAGUUGAUGUGAAAUGUCUGAAAGUAUGUUUUGUUUUUAGAUUUUUCUGUAGAGCCUGUCUGCUCAGCAGCGGGUGCUGUGCAAGGGACCACAACGUCAGGCGGGUUGGGUGGGUAACAGGGUUUCUCUACCAGAGGUGAGACUGGGCCAGGUUACAGAACAGUCUCCCCCUGUCGGUUUUCCCUGU